UUUAGAUUUCAAGAAACAAUUUACAUUUCACAAAAAUGUUUGUUUUACCAAAAUAAGCAGUAUUAAUAUUUUUGUUUAUAAAUGAUUCAAUACUUACUUUUUUAAUUAAUCUUAGAAUUGUUUUAAAAUUAUAUUAACAGGGUAAUUAUAAUGGCUGGAACUUAUUAUUUUGUAAUUGUUGGCCAUUCUGAUAACCCCAUUUUUGAAAUGGAUUUUAUACCAGUUACCAAAGAAGUAAAGAAGGAAGAUAACAGACAUCUAAACCAGUUUAUAGCCCAUGCAGCCUUAGAUUUGGUUGAUGAACAUAUGUGGAAGGGUACAAGUACUUAUCUUAAGUCUGUAGAUAAGUUCAAUCAGUGGUUUGUCUCUGCGUUUGUUACAGCUAGCCAGAUGCGUUUUAUAAUGGUUCAUGAUGCCAGAAAUGAAGAUGGUAUAAAAAAUUUCUUCACAGAUGUAUAUGAAGCCUAUAUAAAACUUAUGUUAAAUCCAUUUUACAAAGAAGACACAGUUAUUACCUUCUCAGCAUUUGAGAAGAGAGUGCAAUUACUUGGGAAGAAAUACUUGACAUAGCCCAAGUUUGACUUGAAGGGCUUUUUGUUGAAAGACUGAAUUAUGUGACACUAAAAUAAGGUGAAUGGACAAUUUCAGUGUGCAAUGGUGACUCAUACUUCCUACAAGUGCCCAUAAAACAGAUUUUUAGAAUCAUAACAUCAUAAUUAUUAAUCUAUUGUUAUUAUUUGAUUAUAUUAUUUGUUGCCUGGGAAGUUGUCUGUACUAAAUUAAAGGUAAAAGGUUGUUACUGGCCUUGUAAGUUUAUAAUGUAUCAUAAUAUAUAAAUAGCUGGAAUACAUACUCUAAAAUGUUUAAUCUAUACUUAUAAUGUAUCAGAAAAUUGUAAGGUUAAGAUUCAGAGUUGAGACUUAGCACUAGAUAUGUCAAAUCCAUUAGGUAUUUAAUUCAGAAUCUGAGGGUUUGUUUAUAAAUAUAAUACUAAUAUUUAUGUAAAUUUAA